AUGCUAUGGAAAGGGGAUUUAGGUGGCCCUAUCGGAUCUCCUGGAGCUCCAGGUCCCAAAGGAGAACCAGGACCACCGGGAUUUGGAUUACCUGGGGAACCAGGGCCAAUUGGCAUGUCUGGUGAACCUGGACCACGGGGCCCCAAGGGAGAAAGAGGUCUGCCAGGUGUACAGGGGUCUCAAGGAGAGCCAGGGGUACCUGGAACAGUUACAGAAGGUCCCCAAGGCCCGGUAGGACCCCCAGGAAUACAAGGUAUACAGGGUCCGCAGGGUCUUCCAGGAUUACCAGGCCCUCCUGGAGCACAAGGUGUCGCGGGCAGAGAUGGCAGACCAGGACUCCCAGGUCCUCCAGGUGACCCAAUUGCCCUUCCUCUUCUCGGUGAUAUGGGAGCUAUUCUCAAGAAUGUAUGUGGUCAUUGUAAUGCUGGUGGUCCAACAUCUGCAGCCACCAAGGGAGAGGAAGUCCUAGCUGGUAGUACAGGACACAUUGGUAUUAAGGGUGAUCCAGGUCUGAGGGGCCCUCCUGGGAUCCCUGGCAAAGAAGGGCCAAAGGGUAUCAAAGGCGAACGUGGCUUUCCUGGCCUGUCUGGAGAGAAAGGUGACCAGGGUAUGCCGGGAAUUCCUGGGGUUACUGGCAUCACAGGUCCUCCUGGACCACCUGGACAUUUUGGGCGAACUGGACAUCCAGGACCUCCAGGGGUCAAAGGAGAAAGGGGAAGUGAAGGUCCUCCAGGCAGACCUGGACCCCCUGGACUACCUGGUGCUCCACUCACUGAAGGAAAUGGGAUGAGCAGCCUGUACAUGCACAAGGGAGCUGCCUCUGCUGCUGUCACGUCUGCACAACCUGGUCCACCGGGACCAAAAGGUGAACAAGGCCCAAAGGGCGAGCCUGGGCCGAUGGGACUGCCAGGACUUGAAGGUCUCCCCGGGGAGAAGGGAGAUCGAGGACAAAUUGGUCCACCGGGAAUUGCUGGGAUACCAGGAAGGAACGGAGCCCCAGGUCCUGCAGGAAUUCCAGGUGAACCUGGUGAGAGAGGUCCAGUAGGAGAUAUUGGAUUUCCAGGACCUGAAGGAUCACCAGGACCACCAGGAAGAAACGGAAAUGAUGGAUUACCAGGUUCACCGGGAGCCCCUGGACGACCAGGUGACAGAGGUCCAAAAGGAGAACGUGGUGAUCCAGGUAUACCAGGAGACCAAGGUCCCAGAGGCAAAACAGGUACACCAGGAGAAAAAGGAGAUAUUGGACCUGCUGGACCACAUGGAGCACCUGGAGACAGAGGUUACCCUGGUCAGCCAGGAAAAGAUGGCCAACCUGGACCUCCUGGACCACCACUAAUAUUGGUUAGUGAUAUAAUUUCAUUUAUCAGUUUUCAUUUUGACAAAUUAGGGGGGGAAAUCUAA